UGGCAUUAUUCUGUGCCAAAUGGCCACUGGCAGGUACCCAUUUGAUGACAAACAUGGGGAUGCAGCAUUGAGACACUCCAUCCUUGAGAAUAGGGCCAAAGUUCCAACCUGGACUCCCUCCAAAUUAGUCAUCCUCCUUCGAAAGCUCCUGAGGAAGAAGGCUUGCAACCGUUAUGGUGUCAAAGGGAACAUCAGGCAAUGCCUCUUUUUUGAUUCCAUUGACUGGGAAGCAAUGGAAAACGGGAGACUGCCACCCCCAUUCCAGCUAGAAGCUAUGCAGCAACUGGCUGAGAAUAAUGAAGGGUGUCAAAUGAACAACGGCAGUGUCCCAACAGGAGUUAACAUCAUUGAAGGGUUUUCCUAUCAGAGUCCCAGCUGGCAGGAGUGAGUCCGUGCAGCGAAGUGGCGAUGCACAAUAUCAUUUUUUGCAUCCACAGUGUACCAUCAAAUGUCACCAUCAAAUGUCUAUCAACAUCAUUUGACCAAGGCCCCACCUAUUCUGUUGUAUUGCAUCAUCUGCCUCAUACCUUCUGCUCUGUCUCCACCUUACCCCAUCUAAUUGUGCCAUCACCUCCUAUAGAAGAAACAUCUGCUCUGUCUAUGCUAUGCCAUCUGUUAAACUGACCCUGCUAUUUCUAUCUGCCCUUACUGUCUAGUCCAACUCAGUGAGUAAUCUGCUUCACCUGGCUGUACUAUCUCAGGAUUUUUUUUCUGGUUUCUUACCAUAACAUCUUUAAUCUGUGUCAUUUACUCCAUCAAGCAAUGCUACCACCUUCUCCAUCUGCAAUUGACACAUAUUACACGUUAACAUACUGUUGCCCCCUGUACCAAGUUGUAUCUGUAUCAUCUAAGAUGCCCUACCAUCAAAUCCAUCUAACAUAACAGAUUUUGGUCCUUCUUUGUAUCCACUUUGAGUGUAACAUCUAGUCAACCAACAUAUCUACUUACUCUCUAAGAUUGUUUAUGCCUGUUUUAUCUACUUGUGUCAUCUACUUUAUUAAUCAAUGCUACUUUCUUUUCCAUCUGCAAUUAACAUCUAUUCCUCUGUCCCAUAACAUCGGCACCUUCUACCAUCUGAUCCAUAUGGCAUUAACAUCAACUGCUCAGGGACCUCGCCAUCUGCACUACCUGUUCUAAUCAAAGCAGCCAUUAAUAUGUGGCUGAAAUAAAAAUCAAAAAAUACCCUUUUCCCACAAUAUAUAUAUAAUUCUAUCCCUUACACUCACUUAAUAUGCCAGCUCUGUGCCCAAAAUCCUAUUCAAUCGCCACACUAAAUAUGCCACUUCUCAACUCUAGACUAACAUACCUCUUCCACUACUCACCACAUCAUUCAUUAAUAUUGCAACUUCCGCAAAACCAACUUGCUUCCACUACACCAGUCACACACAUAUAUAUAUAUAUCACAUACCGCCCCUCAAGAAACAAUACAAGGUUACAUCUCUCUCCUAUCACAACGUUGAUCCAGAGACUCAUCCAAUUGCCAUUUUGGGAUCAGGAAGGAAUUUUUUCCCUGUCUGAGGCAAAUUGGCUAUAGCUUCAGAAGGGGUUUUUUUUUGCCUUCCUCUGAAUCAAUGCUACUAUCAUUUCCAUCUGCAAUUAACAUCUAUUCCUCUGUCCCAUAACAUCGGCACCUUCUACCAUCUGAUCCAUAUGGCAUUAACAUCAACUGCUCAGGAACCACACCACCUGCUCUACCUAUUGUAAUCAAAGCAGCUAUUAACAUCUAUGUGGCUGAAAAAUACCCUUUCCCAGAGUAUAUAUAUAUAAUUCUAUCCCUUAUCCUCACAUACCGCCCCUCAAUAAACAAUACAAGGUUACAUCUCUCUCUUUUCACAAAGUUGAUUCAGGGAACUCGUCCGAUUGCCAUUUUGGGAUCAGGAAGGAAUUUUCCCUGUCUGAGGCAAAUUGG